AUGUUUCAUUUCACUGUUGCUACUGCUGCAGCAGCAGCAGUUCUCUGUGCUAUCAGUUUGGUGCAGCACGUGCAGUGCUCGGCUGAAUGGUUCCAUCGGGAACCCUCCAGCGAAUGGGAUGCCGGACAAUACUGGGGCAAAGACGGUAGUGCUUGGGGUAGUGCUGGUGUAGCGAAGGGUCGAGCGGCCAACGCAUAUGAACAUGGUGCCAGGGGUCACGAUUACAGCGACAAAGACCACGCAGGAUUUGUGUACGGAAGCAAAGGUGCCGCCGACGGCUUCUCUGAAUUCGCAAAGCACGCUGCUGAUGAACACUUCGCGGAUGCUCUGGAAGCCGGGCAGCAUGCGCUUUCAGGAGCAGAAGGACACAAGAAGUAUUCCUACUUCACGCGUGGAUCUGGGCCACAAGGCUUCUACUCAAAAGGAUACUUUGGAACCAAUGGUUAG